CAGGAACAUGACAUUGAGACAGCUUUCGGAGUGGUCCAUGUCACCAUGCGGGGCACACCCAAGGGGAACAGACCUGUCAUCCUCACGUACCAUGACAUUGGCCUCAACCACAAAUCCUGUUUUAGCGCAUUCUUUAACUUCGAAGACAUGCAAGAGAUCACUCAGCAUUUUGCAGUGUGCCACGUGGAUGCACCAGGCCAGCAGGAAGGAGCCCCCCCAUUCCCAUCUGGGUACCAGUAUCCCAGUAUGGAUGAACUGGCUGAAAUGCUGCCCGCUGUUCUGACGCACCUGAACCUGAAAAGCUUCAUUGGGAUUGGACUGGGAGCUGGUGCUUAUGUCCUCAGCAGGUGUGCACUCAGCCACCCUGACCUGGUGGAGGGACUCGUUCUUAUUAAUGUUGAUCCAUGUGCAAAGGGCUGGAUUGACUGGGCAGCAUCCAAGUUUUCAGGCUGGACAACCAACAUAGUGGAUAUUGUCUUGGCGCAUCAUUUUGGCCAUGAGGAACUGCAGGCAAAUCUAGAUUUGAUCCAAACAUACAGGCUUCAUAUCGCACAGGACAUUAACCAAGACAACCUCCAGCUGUUCCUCACGUCAUACAACAGUCGUAGAGACCUGGAAAUUGAGAGACCAGUUCUUGGCAUCAAUGAAAAUACUGCAAAAACACUCAAGUGCCCUGCCUUGCUAGUGGUUGGUGACAACUCACCUGCCGUGGAUGCAGUGGUUGAAUGCAAUUCACGUCUUGACCCAACCAAAACUACCCUUCUGAAGAUGGCCGACUGCGGGGGCCUGCCCCAGGUGGUUCAGCCCGGCAAGCUGACUGAAGCCUUCAAGUACUUCGUGCAGGGAAUGGGCUACAUGCCAGCAGCCAGUAUGACCAGGCUGAUGCGCUCCCGUACUCACUCCUCCUCUAGCGUGGGCUCUGGAGAGAGCAUCCGCAGCCGAUCUCACACCAGCAACCAUGGUGAAGGAAGUGCUGGAACCCCAGAAGGAAUUGACCUCCAGGAUUCACCUCAAACCAUGGAAGUGUCCUGUUAGGCAGGAGCCCCUCUUCGGGAUUCAGACAACUCCACUGGCCCCCACUGAACCCACUCAGAAUCUAACAUUUCAUCCAACAUGGCAUUAACUGUUCUCUCUAACUUGUGCAUGCCCAUCCGAGCUGCCACCUCCUUGGUAGUCUGUACUUGGCAUUACUUCGGUCCUUUCUGUAUGCCCGUGGCAUCAGAGCCUCUUUAAAACUCGUUAACAUUCCGCGGUCUUAGUAAGUCACGUACAUGCUGUACGUACAUGCCGUACGCGCUGAUGCCAUCUCCUGUCUGUGCUGUAUAUCAGUCCAGAUGACAGCCGUUGUCUCCCCUGUUCAUUUAAAUAUAA